CACAGACCAGGGGAAUUUGAAGAUUACGCACAUGGAACCUUCGUCCCACUGCGAAUCAUGGAGGCCACCGUAUCCAGUACCGCAUCACUACCACCACCCCAACCCUCACCCCCACCACCAUCCCCAUCCGAUGAUCCACCAUCCUCGUCACCACCAUCACCACUACCGCCACCACCAUCAUUAUACAAUAAGCUGCCCUCUCCACCACCACCACCACCUCAUUACUUGUCAUUCUCACGUAAGCCCUACUUUAGCUCCUCUUCCUUUGCAGAACCACACGAAUUUGGAGUCCACAACUACGCAAAACGAAGCUCACCACUGCGGCAAUCCAGUGUUGGAAGAGCAAGAACCGGAGUAUGAAGAAUUACAAGACAUAAAGGAAGAAGAGGAGGAGGAUGAGCCCAUUUUUGUUCUAACAGAUGAAUGGAGGGAGUUUUUUGCAAAAUCCGAAGCAAAGAGAAAAUUAGAGAAGAAGAAGGCUAAGAAGAAACAGAAAAAUUAAAUCCUGGGAAUACUUUUAUUCAACAUGAGGCUGAUGCAAAGAUUAUUGGUCCAUCACCUUCACCAUG